CCAGAAGGAAAAAAGUGACCAGCCACAGAUAUAGAGAGAGCUGCCAUGGGCAGUGAGGGCUGAGCCCAGGGACUUAAGAGACCCUCAUUCUGUCACAGUCUGCCCAAGGGAGUACUCAUUUGGCCUCGGCUAAAUGUUCUCCUGUGCCGGUUGCUGGCUAAUUCCCAGCACCUGGCAUGCCUGGAUGUUCCUGCCCUGGCUGUGGUAUGGCAGGCCAAAGGGUCCUCUUCCUCACUGUCCUUGCCCUGGAGCUCUUGGGAAGGGUUGGAGGUUCUCAGCCAGCCCUCCGGAGCCUGGGGGCUGCAGCUGCCUGCCGCCUGGAUAAUAAAGAAAGCGAGUCCUGGGGGGCUUUGCUGAGUGGGGAGCGACUGGACACCUGGAUCUGCUCCCUCUUGGGCUCUCUCAUGGUUGGGCUCAGUGGGGUUUUCCCCUUGCUGGUUAUUCCUCUGGAGAUGGGGACCAUGUUGCGCUCAGAAGCUGGAGCCUGGCGUCUGAAGCAGCUGCUCAGCUUUGCCUUAGGUGGACUCCUGGGCAAUGUGUUUCUGCACCUGCUGCCAGAGGCGUGGGCCUACACCUGUAGCAACAGCCCCGCCACUGGCUUGGCAUGGCCUGUUAGUGCUCCCCCUGCAGGUGGUGAAGGACAGAGUCUGCAGCAGCAGCAACAGCUGGGACUAUGGGUCAUUGCCGGCUUCCUGACCUUUCUGGCAUUGGAGAAGAUGUUCCUGAAUGGCAAGGAGGAGGGCCCCAGCCAGACCCCCAGCAAAGACCCCACUGCUGCCGCGCUCAAUGGAGGCCACUGUCUGGCCCAGCCGGCUGCAGAGCCCGGCCUGAGAGCCGUGGUCCGGAACCUCAAAGUCAGUGGCUAUCUCAACCUGCUGGCCAACACCAUAGACAACUUCACCCAUGGGCUGGCUGUGGCUGCCAGCUUCCUUGUGAGCAAAAAGAUUGGGCUCCUAACCACCAUGGCCAUCCUCCUGCAUGAGAUCCCCCAUGAGGUGGGUGACUUUGCUAUCCUGCUCCGGGCUGGCUUUGACCGAUGGACUGCAGCCAAGCUACAGUUCUCUACAGCCUUGGGGGGCCUUCUGGGGGCCUGCUUCGCCAUCUGUACACAAUCCCCCAAAGGAGUAGAGGAGACAGUGCUCUGGAUCCUGCCCUUUACCUCUGGAGGCUUCCUCUAUAUUGCUCUGGUGAACGUGCUGCCGGACCUCUUAGAAGAAGAUGACCCGUGGCACUCCGUGCAGCAGGUGCUGCUGCUCUGCUCGGGCAUUGUGGUGAUGGUGCUGCUUUCCCUGUACUCAGCUGGCCCACUCUACAGCCAGACUCCAGCCCUGCUGCUCAACUGUGGGUGUUAGAGAAGUGGCCACUGAAGAGUCUGAAUGAUUCCAGAGCAGUUAUGCUGUGGUUCGUCUUUAUCUGUAAAUACCUGUUCUGUAGAUAUAAAUAAAUAUUGCCUAGACUGCUGCCUGUUCCACGUACUAGGGCAGUCAAGCAGAGCUCUU